CGUCGCGUCCCGUCUGCAGUCGACUUGGAGCAGUCGCAGCGAGAGGUUGUACUGCUCCACCGCCACCCGUAUCUUAUCCGCCGCUGUGAGUGGUGCAUCGACAAGUUCAUCAGCAGCGCAUCCCCCAGCACUGCAUCGCCCGACCCGUCGACGAGAGACCGACACGAGACCGCCAGAGGACAACAUGGCCCCGCCCGCCCUCAGCAAGGAUGCGCCGGACAUCGAGCAGGGCUACCAGGCCGUGUUCGUGGGCAUCGGCAUGCCGCAGGCCAAGCCCUUCCCCGUGUUCGCCGGCCUGAGCCGCGAGCACGGCUACUACUCCAGCAAGGACUUCCUGCCCGAGGUCGCCCGGGGCAGCAAGGCAGGCAUGUGCGGCUGUUCCUCGCGGCCCGCGCUGCCCGCGCUGCACGGCAACGUGAUCGUGCUGGGCGCCGGGGACACCGCCUUCGACUGCGCCACGUCCGCACUGCGCUGCGGCGCCAGGAGGGUGUUCGUCGUGUUCCGGAAGGGCUUCCGUAACAUCCGCGCCGUGCCCGAGGAGAUGGAGCUGGCCGUGGAGGAGAAGUGCGAGUUUCUGCCAUUCCUCAGCCCCAAGGAGGUGAUCGUGCGCGGGGGGCGAAUCGCAGCCGUCGAGUUCACCCGCACCGAGCAGCUGGAUGACGGCACUUGGGUCGAGGACCCGGAGCAAACGACCCGCGUCAAGGCCAACUUCGUCAUCUCCGCGUUUGGCUCCGGGCUGUACGACGAGGAUGUCCGCGCCGCCCUGGCGCCCCUGCGCCUCAACAAGUCCGGCACCCCGGAGGUGGACGCCGCCACGAUGGCGUCGUCCGAGCCCGGCGUCUUCUGCGGCGGCGACAUUGCCGGGCUGUCCGAGACGACAGUGGAAUCUGUCAACGACGGCAAGACGGCUGCCUGGUUCAUGCACAAGUACAUCCAGGAGCGGCACGGCGGCAGUGUCCCGUCCGAGCCGUGUCUACCGCGCUUCUACUCGGCCGUGGACCGUGUCGACCUGAGCGUGGAAAUGUGCGGCGUGCGCUUCCCCAACCCCUUCGGACUGGCGUCAGCGCCGCCCACCACCUCCUCCGCCAUGAUCCGACGCGCCUUCGAGGCUGGCUGGGGUUUCGCGGUCACCAAGACGUUCGCCCUGGACAAGGACAUCGUGACGAACGUGUCGCCGAGGAUCGUCAAGGGGUCCACGUCACGACACCACUACGGCCCCGAACAGGGCUCCUUCCUCAACAUUGAACUUAUCUCGGAGAAGUGCCAGGACUACUGGCUCACCAGCAUCAGGGAGCUUAAGAGGGACUUCCCGGACAAUGUGCUGGUCGCGAGCAUCAUGUGCUCGUACAACAAGGAGGACUGGGUGAAGCUGAGUGGGCUCGCCGAGGAGGCUGGCGCCGACAUGCUGGAGCUCAACCUGUCCUGUCCCCAUGGCAUGGGCGAGUCCGGGAUGGGGCUGGCCUGCGGUCAGAAACCAGAGCUCGUGCGUGACAUCUCGCGCUGGGUGCGCGACACCGUCCAGAUCCCCGUCUUCAUCAAGCUCACGCCCAACAUUACCGACAUCGUGACCAUCGCCAAGGCCGCGCACGAGGGCGGCGCCAGCGGCGUGUCGGCCAUCAACACGGUGUCGGGGCUCAUGAGCCUGCGCGCGGACGCCACCCCCUGGCCGGCCGUGGGGCGGCGCGAGUCGGGCUUCCGCACCACGUACGGCGGCGUGUCCGGCAACGCCACUCGGCCCAUGGGGCUGCGCGCCGUGUCCGCCAUCGCCCGGGAGCUGCCCGGCUUCCCCAUCAUGGGCAUCGGGGGCGUGGACUCGGCCGACGUCGGGAUCCAGUUCCUACAGGCGGGGGCCACCACGCUGCAGGUGUGCAGCGCCGUGCAGAACCAGGACUUCACGCUCAUCGACGACUACGUGUCCGGCCUCAAGGCUCUGCUGUACCUCAAGGCCCUCGAGCUCCCUGGCUGGGACGGACAGAGCCCGCCGCGCACCAAACAGUACAAGGGCAAGCCCGUCGUGUCUCUGCAGAGCUUCCUCGACAAGGGCAAGGUGCUACCGCGGUUCGGACCGUACGAGAAGGAGAGAGAGGCAUCGGUGCACGCGGCUCGGCAGCGGGGUGCCCUUCAGCCUGAGCCAGAGCCGCCGCGGGUAGCAGCCGCCCCGCAAAAGCCGGUCCCCAGAGUUCAGGACAUCGUGGGCGCGGCCGUGGCCAGCAUCGGCUCCUACAAGAGCCUGGACAACACCGCGCAAGUGGUGGCGCUGGUAGACGAGGACACGUGCAUUAAUUGUGGCAAAUGCUACAUGGCAUGCAAUGACUCUGGAUACCAGGCCAUCAACUUUGACUCUGACACUCAUCUCCCGAAAGUAAAUGAUGACUGCACAGGAUGCACACUGUGUGUCUCAGUUUGCCCCAUCAUUGACUGCAUAACAAUGGUUCCGAAGACUAUACCACAUGUGAUCAAGAGAGGGUACCCUAUUACCAUCAAAGAAACGAAAAUUGGAGAGUGCCAAUAAUUAAAAACAGUGGUUACCUUUAUUCUCAUUCUAGAAAUCAAAAAACCGAAAAGAGGCAGAAGAAGAUUGGAAAAUGAAUGGGGAAGGACGGGGGAAUGAGAUUUUAGAAUAUGCAUUUGAUUUAAAAAUUGCAAAAUGGUAUACUAUUUUUCAAAUGAGAGAAUGCAGUUUAUACUCACAACAUACAUUUAUUGUGGAUUAUGUUAAUGAAAAAUCAUCUAAUCAUACAUAAACAGGAAGAAGGUCUUUUAUAAUACUGCACAGUACAAAUGACGAAGAUGAGCUUCCGCUACAAUGUCAAAAAUAACUUUCUUUUUUUAUACACCAAAAAAAAAAAAAAAGGUAAAGGAAAAAGUGAAA